UUCCUAGCUAGCGUCAGAGGGGCGGCCCCGGGGGAGAGUGAGAGAGGAGCCGGUGCCAGCUUGUAGGCGCCUCGGGGCUGAGCGCUUUUUCUCUCGGCUGGUGGCGCGGUGCUUUGCGGUUGCCGUCAAGCACGGAGCUGGGCCGGCGGGCGGGGGCCGAGGGGCUGCCAUGGCGGCGGCGGGCCGGCUGCCUAGCUCCUGGGCGCUAUUGGCGCUGCUCCUUGUGGGGCUCGCGCUGCUGGGAGUCGGGCCGGUCCCGGCGCGGGCGCUGCACAACGUCACGGCCGAGCUCUUUGGGGCUGAGGCCUGGGGCACCCUGGCGGCCUUCGGGGACCUCAACUCCGACAAGCAGACGGACCUCUUCGUGCUGCGGGAAAGAAAUGAUUUAAUCGUCUUUUUGGCAGACCAGAGUGCACCCUAUUUUAAACCCAAAGUAAAGGUAUCCUUGAAGAAUCACAGUGCAUUGAUAACAAGUGUGGUGCCUGGGGAUUAUGAUGGGGAUUCACAAAUGGAUGUCCUUCUGACAUAUUUUCCAAAAAAUCAUGCCAACAACGAAUUAGGAGCUGUUAUCUUCUGGGGACAAAAUCAAACAUUAGAUCCUAACAAUAUGACAAUACUCAAUAGGACUUUUCAAGAUGAACCACUAAUUAUGGACUUCAAUGGUGAUCUAAUUCCUGAUAUAUUUGGUAUCACAAAUCAGUCCAACCAACCACAGAUACUAUUAGGAGGGAAUUUAUCAUGGCAUCCUGCAUUGAACACUAAAAGUAAAAUGCGAAUGCCACAUUCUCAUGCAUUUAUUGAUCUGACUGAAGAUUUUACAGCAGAUUUAUUCCUCACAACAUUGUCUGACUCUAGUACUAUCCAGUUUGAGAUAUGGGAAAAUUUGGAUGGAAACUUCUCUGUCAGUAGUGUAUUUGAAAAACCUCAAAAUAUGAAGGUGGUUGGGCAGUCAGCAUUUGCAGACUUUGAUGGAGAUGGACACAUGGAUCACUUACUGCCAGGCUGUGAAGAUAUAAACUGCCAGAAAAGCACCAUCUACUUGUCGAGAUCCGGAACAAAGCAGUGGGUUCCAGUCCUACAGGAUUUCAGCAGUAAGGGCACACUCUGGGGCUUUGUGCCAUUUGUGCAGGAGCAAUCAACUGAAAUACCAAUUCCAAUUACCCUUCAUAUUGGAGACUACAACAUGGAUGGUUAUCCAGAUGCUCUUGCCAUAUUGAAGAAUACAUCUGGAAGCAAUCAGCAGGCCUUUUUACUGGAGAAUGUCCCCUGUAAUAAUGCAAGCUGUGAGGAGGCACAUCGUAUGUUUAAAGUCUACUGGGAGCUGUCGGACCUAAAUCAAAUCAGGGAUGCUAUGGUUGCCACCUUCUUUGACAUUUACGAAGAUGGAAUCUUGGACAUUGUGGUACUAAGUAAAGGAUAUACAAAGAAUGAUUUUGCCAUCCAUACACUAAAAAACAACUUUGAAGCAGAUGCUUAUUUUGUUAAAGUCAUUGUUCUUAGUGGUCUGUGUUCUAACGACUGUCCUCGUAAAAUAACGCCCUUUGGAGUGAAUCAGCCUGGACCUUAUAUCAUGUAUACAACUGUAGAUGCAAAUGGAUAUCUGAAAAAUGGCUCAGCUGGACAGCUCAGCCAGUCAGCACAUUUAGCUCUCCAACUACCAUACAACGUACUUGGUUUAGGCCGAAGUGCAAAUUUUCUUGACCAUCUUUAUGUUGGUAUUCCUCGCCCAUCUGGAGAGAAGUCUAUACGAAAACAAGAGUGGACUGCAAUCAUUCCAAAUUCCCAGCUAAUUGUCAUUCCAUACCCUCACAAUGUCCCUCGAAGCUGGAGUGCCAAACUGUAUCUUACACCAAGUAACAUUGUUCUGCUUACUGCGAUAGCUCUCAUCGGUGUCUGUGUUUUCAUCUUGGCAAUAAUUGGCAUUUUACAUUGGCAGGAAAAGAAAGCAGAUGAUAGAGAAAAACGACAAGAAGCUCAUCGGUUUCAUUUUGAUGCUAUGUGACUUGCCUUUAAUAUUACCUAAUGGAAUGACUAUUCACUUGAUUAGUUGAAACACUAAAUUCUGCUUAUAGAAGAAAAUAGGGGAUUUUGAGUAUUAUUUAUAAAUGAUGCAUCUCUUGGUAAUUAUUGCAAAGUAUUCAAAUAAAUAUGAUCUGAAUGUCACCAAGUUUUUUUUUUAACCACUUUGUAUACAAAAAUUUGGGUUCUUUAUUCAGUAGUGCUCUACGUUUUUGUUCUUUUGUGGAUUGUGUUGCAUGUACUCUGGUGUUUAUGUAUAUAUAGUCCUAUUAGAGUAAUGAUGAUGGAAAAAGACAUGUACAAAUAAAAAUAUUUAAACGAGCAGGAUUUUUUGUGUUCCACUUGAAUUGGUCUUGCUUCUUCUAACAAUGCAAAUUAUACUUUUGGAAAUAUAUCACAGAUAAAGUUAUUAAAUAUUUACCUUCAUCACAGCAGGUCAGCGGUCUCUCAUUGAUGGCAUAUAAUAUAGUGACUGAACACUGGCUAUGGAAUAAAAGUAAGACAGACUUGCCUUAAACUUCUGGUCCCACAAAUCACAAAGUUAUUGUUUGAACUUGGCUAUUUCUUAACCUCUGUAAGCCUCAGUUUUCUUGUUUAUAAAGGGGGGCUAAUAAUACCUACUCAAUUGAGUUACUGUAAACAUUAAAUGGGAUGAUGUAUGUAAAGUGCUUAGCUUUGUGCCUAGCACAGAGUAAGUACUCAAUAAGUGGUAGUUGUCAUUAUUACUAUUUACAGAUGAUUUUAUUGGACUUCUACAAUUAGACUCAAUAGAAUGUUAUUUUCAGGCAUAAGGAAAUUGUAUUCUUUGGAAAACCUAAAUUCUUGGUGGCUGACAUCGUAUGUAAAGAUUACUUGUUCAUAUUAACUAAAAAUGAUAUUAUAGUACUCUUCAAGAAUUAAUGUGUCCUAAAAAUUUUCAUUUGAAAAUUGAUCCUUAUCAUGAUAAUGAAGAGCAUUUGAUUUCUUGAAAAGAAACUGCUGUAGGCAGCAUCUGGGAAUGCAAAUCUUCAAUCACAUUUCUAUUUUCAAAGGUUUGGAGAAGUUUAUAAUUUACAUUCAGACUUCAAUGCAAAUUUUAUAUUUUGAAGUUCACAUUGCCAAAAAGUUACUUUAAGAAGACUUAAAUCUAAGAUUGGGAAAAAUGUUUAUAUAUCAAUCUAAAAUUUUUCUAAUAUACAGUGGACAUGUGAUAGCUAU